AUGGCUUCUCAGUCGACCCUGCGGUAUUCUGCGGAUCCGCUGGCCAAUCUGUACCAUCAGUACUCCAACCUCAUCCGCCAGCGCCUGAGAAGCACCUCGAAGGCAACGAGACUACUCGGCGCAGUCAUCCUAACUCUCUCAAUAGUGGUAGGUAGUACGGGAACCACAAGAUGGUGGAAGAAACAGCGCAAGGAGAAAGAGCAAGGAAGACGACUGCUGCGGCGAAAUUCAGGACUGCUCAACAAGGAUGGAUCCAGAGUUAUAUACGUGCCAUACAAAGACUCGACCUCGAAAGUCACUAUAAAUCCUACGAAGCCUACUACAUUUGAUGCCCACCGCAGGCUGUUCCUCAACCCGCCGAGAGCUUCAGGGCUCACAGAUGGAGAUACCCCGCAAAUACCGCCACCGCAGACAAAGCCAGGUCUCAAUCUCGCAUUCUUACACCAGUUCCUCAGUUUGCUGAGUAUUAUGAUACCGAGAUGGACGAGUAAAGAGACAGGGCUAUUGUUAAGUCAUGGAAUGUUUCUGCUGUUGCGGACGUACCUUUCGUUAGUGGUCGCUAGAUUAGACGGAGAGAUUGUUCGGGAUCUUGUUGCUGGUAAUGGGAGGUCAUUCAUAUGGGGAAUCAUCAAGUGGUGUGGUAUUGGAAGUCUUGCCUCAUACACGAAUGCCAUGAUCAAAUUCCUACAAUCCAAAGUAUCAAUUGCCUUUCGAACACGUCUCACCCGAUACAUACAUGAUCUUUACCUGAAUGAUAACCUCAACUAUUACAAAUUACCAAAUUUGGAUGGUGGAAUUGGACAAGGAAUAGACCAAUUCAUCACUCAGGAUCUCACGCACUUCUGCGCUGCUUCAGCAAGUCUCUACUCCUCGUUGGGAAAGCCAUUUGUAGAUCUGAUGGUUUUCAAUUACCAACUUUAUCGAUCACUCGGCCCUCUUGCAUUUGCUGGCCUGCUGAGCAACUAUCUACUCACUGCCAGUCUUCUCCGAAGGAUGUCUCCUCCUUUUGGAAAACUAAAGGCUGUCGAAGGCCGCAAAGAAGGAGAUUUCAGAGCCCUCCAUUCUCGUCUCAUAGCAAAUGCGGAAGAAGUAGCAUUUUACGGUGGAGCGAACAUGGAAAAGAACUUUUUAGACAAGGAAUUCAAGAGUCUAAAGAGAUGGAUGGAAGGGAUCUACACUCUGAAGAUCCGUUAUAACAUUCUCGAAGAUUUUAUCCUCAAGUAUAGCUGGAGUGCAUAUGGCUAUCUCUUGAGUUCAUUGCCAGUCUUCUUACCAGCGUGGGGUGGCCUUGGAGGAAUUCAAGAACUCGCCGAUGCAGCCAUCACUGGUGGAAGAGAAAGGGGUCGUAUGAAGGAAUUUAUCACUAAUAAACGACUUAUGCUUUCCCUAGCUGAUGCCGGUGGAAGAAUGAUGUACUCCAUCAAAGAUCUCUCCGAGCUCGCUGGUUAUACCAGUCGAGUCUACACGUUAAUCUCAACACUCCAUCGAGUUCACGCAAACGCUUACUUCCCACCUCGGGGAACGCAACCUGAAUUAUACUCCCUUUCCGAUGUGCAAGGCACGAUACAUAAGGGUUUCGACGGUGUACGUUUAGAACACGUGCCAAUCGUAGCCCCGUCGAUCUUUCCCCACGGCGGCGAAGAGCUGAUCGACUCCCUCUCUCUAAUCGUUCAUUCCGGCGAGCACCUCCUCAUCUCUGGUCCCAACGGCGUAGGCAAAAGCGCCAUAGCCCGCGUCGUCUCUGGCUUGUGGCCCGUUUACCGCGGCCUAGUAUCCCGCCCACGCUCCACAGGAACUGACGGCAUAAUGUUCCUCCCGCAACGCCCCUACCUCAGCCCGGGCACUCUCCGCGACCAAGUAAUCUACCCCGAUGGCGAGCUCGAGAUGCGAAACAAAGGCCGGCGCGACAUGGAGCUGAAACACGUCUUGGAAGAAGCGAAGCUAGGAUACUUGCCUGACCGUGAAGGAGGCUGGGAUACGCGGAAAGAAUGGAAAGAUGUUUUGAGCGGAGGCGAGAAACAGCGCAUGGGCAUUGCGAGGUUGCUGUAUCAUGAGCCGCGAUAUGCGGUUAUUGACGAGGGGACUAGUGCGGUCAGCAGUGAUGUUGAGGGCUUAUUGUAUGAGGCUUGCAAGGAGAAGGGCAUUACCCUUAUUACGAUCAGUACGCGAGCGAGUCUCAAAAGAUACCAUACCUUUAAUCUGAGUCUUGGGGGCGGCGAGGAUGGUAGUGAGUGGGCGUUUGCGAGGAUUGGAACGGAGGAGGAGAAGAUGGGCGUUGAGCGGGAGCUGGGGGAGCUGAGGGAGAGGCUUGAGAAGGUCAAGGAGUGGGAGAGUAGGAAGUUGGAGAUCGAGAAGGAGUUGGAGAAAGUCUGGGUGCAAGGUGGUGAGGAGUUGGAGGGGCCGCAGUAUGUUGAAGAUAGCGGUGCUCCAGUUGCGUAG